AUGGUAGUGAGGGGACUGUUGCAGAUACAUCUGGUCGAUGCGAGGGAUCUGAAGGCGAUGGAUACCACCAGUGAGUCUCCCUCAUGCCCUGACCAUCAAGUACCCAACCCAUAUCCUGCCUUCUGGUCGCCCUUCCUUAUACUUCUGCUCUCGUCGUGUCCACAGGCAGGAUGGAUCCCUACGUCAUCCUCCGGUACAUGGGGCAAGAGCGCAAGAGCCGUGUCCUCAGAGGUAAAUCCACCGCCGCCCUCCUCUUCUCCUCCUCUUUCUCUUCCUCGAGCUCUUCCUCCGCCUCCGAGAAGCUUGAGAGCAGGAAUUUAAUGGCGUCCUCGCUCUGCAGAGGGAGGCUCCAACCCUACGUGGAACGAGAUGUUCACAUUCCAGGCGGAGUAUCCGUCGCCGGACAACCAGCACAAUCUCGUCCUGAAGAUCAUGGACGAGGACACCUUUUCCGCCGACGACUUCGCCGGCGCCGCUACGUAAGGAUUCCGAUUCCUCCUCUGGCUCGCUCUUAUUCCACCAGGUCAACCACGACCCAUCUGACCGGGGCCUCCGUGACGGAACAGGAUCAACGUGGGGGACUUGCUACAGCUGGGAGCGGAGAAGGGGUCUGCGGAGCUUCCUCCUCACCGUUACAGAGUCGUCCUCGCCGACCGCAGUUACCAAGGGGAUAUCCGGGUCGGCGUCUCCUUCAAGCGGAAGGUACUACACACAAUCAAGACUCUCCCCCACACUUCCCCAUCUGGAUUUGCCUCUUCUCGAGUUCUUCCUGGUCUGAUCUCCCCCAUCUGGGGUUUUUUCUCCUUCUCGGGCUCUUACUGUCAGUAAGGGGUGAACCAUGGAGGGGACAUCGGAGGGUGGAAGGUCAGCGGCGGCGUCAGAGAUGGCGGCGGAGGGCGCGGCGUGGCAGGACGUUGGUGGAGAUUAAUAUUCUAG